GUCGAGCGCGUGCGAACGAGUUUGAAAAGUCUGUUAAACAAGAAAUAUAACUUAGAUGUUGAAGGUACAGCAGUGUUACCGCCCACUAAGCUACAAAAGUUAAAUAAUGGAGCUGCUAUAAGCGGCGGUGCGCAACAAUUAAAAACUUUGCCACAUCCGCCAGUGGUACAGAGGAAGCCCACCACAAAAAUGUAUAAAUGUUUGGUGUGCGAGUAUAAAACUUCCGAUAUGCGUGUAUUGAACACUCAUUACGAGACGUGCGAGCAUCAGAACUUUCAGUGUAGGAAUUGUAAGAAAAUCUUCCAUAAUUUUGGUUCAUUAAAGCAGCACAUGAUACGAGAGCACAACACGUCAAUGGAUCUAAAACAUAGUACCAGCGUUGUCGUUGCAGUAGCGCCAACUGCAGUCCCGCAAGUCGACACAAUUGCAGCACGCCCACCUAAUUCCGGAGCCGCUAAUACGCCUGUGUACACAUGCAUUCAUUGUCAGCUAAAGUCCACUGAUAAGCCUUCAUUCGACGAGCACAUGCGCAAUCAUGCGGCUGGUAUUAGACGACUUCCAUUCAAAUGCAAAUUGUGUGCUCAACGGUUCGAAACUCGUGAGGCGGCGGCCGCACAUGCGAGGCUGCAUCAAGGCAAUGUUAUCAAAUGUGGCACGUGCUCCAUGUCAUUUUCAAAACGCGACCUUUUGAUCAAGCAUUUCGAAACACACCAGCAAGACAACAGGGUACACCAACAACCAAAGUCUCAACAAAAUGUCAACCAACAGAAUCGACAUGUCCUUUCGGCGAAACAGCACGUAGUUAUGCCCGUAUCAUCGCCUAAUAUGCUUAACAGCCAAAAAAUAUCUCUAGGAGGUAUUAAUGGAUCUCUCUGCGAGACGACAAAUAAAUCCAUAUUGGCUAGUUCGGCCGAUGAUAUUGGAAGCUGUGCAACAGCAAACAAUAUUCGCUUCUUCUCAUGCUAUAUCUGUUCGCUAACUUUUAUUCAAGAAAAUUACUAUAAGCAGCAUAUGGAAACACAUCAAGCUUGCGAAACAAAUGUAAAAAAAAGCUGUAAUUCGGGGGCAGACUCACCUAAUUUAAUUAGUGGAGGUGUGCUUAAUGAGACAUGUCGAUUUGAAGCAAAUGAGCUUAAGCUUCGACAGCGACAUACAAGCGGAACAAACAAUGAUACCACCGAUACAAUUUCCGAUGCUGAUAUAGAGAGCAUUUUCAAGAAAAUGCAUUCGGAUAAGGGUGAGCCAAAGGUCGAACCCACCACGCUCGCGAAGGCUGGUGGUGGUCCCAGCGAUCAAGUUGUGAUCACCACGCAGGCAGAUUCAGAGGGAGUUAUAACGUUUAAUAUAACUCUUCCUAACCAAAAAAGUGAAAUCGCCACUGGGGCAGACGAUCAGUACACCCUCAACACGUAACAGACCGUACCCGUUGGAAAACACACUGUCUUCGGUUAAAAAAUGCCAUUUUAACGAGACUGAAUUUUAUACUAUACGUUGUUUGGAACAGUCAUGCGCGCAUUAACGUUACUGCUUAUCUUACCAUAGCGCUUGCUUUAAGAAAGAUUGACUAUGUUUUGAUAAUGUACAGCAAUAUCUGCAAAUCUAAUAUCCAUCGGUCUAUCACCAAGCCCUCAAAGCAAGUUGCAAGUUUCGAACGACGCCCAUAAAUAUUAUAAUUGAAAUUGGUCUCCCAGAUUUAGGAAAUAGACUUUAUGAGUUGAAGGCUAAAAUAGUCCCGCAGCUUCUUAAUUCAAAAAAAUCCAUUCUCGGUGAAGAUGUGAGGAGUAUUAUUAUUGCUAAGAAAAUUCGAAAGUCACCAUCUGUUGCAAUUGACUUUUGUUUGUAUGCCGCAAAGGAAUUAAACAUUCUUUUAAAAAUUUUCCGCUAUUUUGGUUUCAAACCCCUAUGGAUUUUGAAAGACUACUCUUUUGACAUUCCGAUGUGUAUGCACAAGAAAUUAUGCCUUCAGGAACCUAAUAGCUGAAAAACCCAAGUACUGGAGAGUAAUGGUUGGAAUCUUUUACACAGAGAGUUCAAAAGCUUCUGAUCUGCCAUCUGCUUGCGCCAAGGUAGAUGCUUCCGGACAGGUUCUUCUCAAUCACAUACUUCACGAAAGUGCUUCAACUUUCCUUCACGCUGCUUUCUUAUAAAGACAAACUCAAAACCGUCAUUGUUACUGACAGCUCGUCUGUAUUAAAAGGUAUGCGGAAUCUUUCGACUUCGAGAUGGAGCACCAUCAACAAAUUAAGAAUUAUCAUUACAACACCCGCCGAAAAAAUUAAAAUGCUU